AUGCAUUCCUCUUUGAAGAAAUGGCUUGCCACUUCGACCCACAAGAUCGAUACACUCUUCCUCAGAUUUCAUACAUCCGUCGAGGGAAGAGUGAUUGAAUUGAAGAAGGACUUAGAGGCAUCACUUUCCAAGGUAUUUGCAUUAGCCUAUGGACCGCCAUAUGGAAACUUGAAUAAGGAAGUAAGCUUGUGGGCGAUUGAGUUGAUGAUGGAAGAACGAGAGAGGGAAAUCGUUCGGCGAUGUGGAUGUCGGCUACCUGAGACACAUGGUCUACCAUGUAAAUGUAAGAUGGAUGAAUAUAGUGUUGCCGGCGUAGAGUUGUAUCCCUACCACUUGCAUCAAUUCUGGUCAUCUUUGGUGUAUGAGAGUCCUCCCGAUCGUGCCGAAUGGGAAGACCAUGAUGCCAUUGAGCGUAACAUUUUUACAGCAAUGGUGGAGGAUGUGUACAAACAAGGGCCAGCUGCUAUUCGGAAGGCAACUCAGAUACUACGACCCCAUAUUCAUCCUCAAGUUGAAGGCCUACAAGAGCCUAGGGAGUCAGAGGCUCAAAGGGGACGACCACCUAAGAGGACCAACGCCGGAGAUCCUUCUUCGUUUGAGCAUGAGAGGGCAAGGGCAGAAAAGAGGAGCAAAACAAAUCAGAGCCCGAGGACACCUAGGAGCAAAACCCCUGCAGCUGCACGAAAAAGUCAGCAUAUGCAAGUUCACAAUGAGAGAAAUGUUUGCCCCUAUCUUCGCUAUGUCCCACCCAGCAUCCACCCUCUUGUUAGAGGUUGGUUUGACCCAGAACCAGACGGGCAAUGUGGUUUUCGGGCCAUGUCACAUGCGAUUCAUGGAGACGAGGGGCACUACCUACAAAUGAGACAAGAUAUCAUCACAGAGGUUAGAAACCAUUGGGGUCUCUACGAGGGAGUUUAUCUUUCUAGAGAUGGAUCGUUGGAGGCAGUAGUUCACAGAUUGGAUUGUCGGAUUGCUGGGAGAUGCACCCAAGAGUAUUGGUUCGAGGAGGCGGAUCUACUGGUAUUUGAAACCAUGUACAAUUGGGCAAUUGUCGUCUAUGGAUUGUAUGGAGGGCGACACACGUAUGGGUACACCGCCUUACCUAUGACGGCGCCGGAGGGGAUUACUCAACCAAGUGAUGUUAUGGCACUGGUCUUUACUGGGGCACAUUGGGUGCGACUCAUAAUCGAGGAUGUCGAUGGAGUGACACCAAUGCCUCCUUUUUCACCACAGUGGUCUCAUUUUCAGAAUAUGACAUCAAUUCCUGAUUGGGACUUGUUAUACGAGCAAGAGCAGGCAUUGUAUGCCAUUCUCGGAGGACAUUAUCCAAACGAUGAUGAAGAGGGUGAUUAA